UUUCAAUUCAGUCAUAAAAAGUCAGUCGUCAUUCUUUUAAAUGAUUUGUUGAAUAGCUUAAAAAGAAAAAAAAGUGAUUUUAUUUUUAUUAAUUUAAUUUGUACUUGGUUCUUUUUUCAUAGGGAAAGAAAGUGUAAUUGAUUCUUUGUUUAAAAUGUCACGUGGAUUAUCGAGCCAACAGCAAAUGCCGCGAGAUUAUGGAGCAACAUCCAGCAGCUCGAAUGCUAUAACAUCAAUACCUGAUGUAAACUUUUCCGGAUUCAGUCCAACAGAAUUUAUGGCGUUGAAUGAAGCGAUUGGAAAAAAUAUUACAACAAUUAAAUUUAAGACAAAUUUAUUGGUCCGUUAUAAUCGGGGAAUAUCUUCUGGUCGCGCAGAUAAAGAUAAAGAUAAAGAUAAAGAUAGUAUUGAAACAGCACAAAAAAUGCAAACUGAUACAAAUCUUCUAAUUGAACAAACACAAAACGAUUUAAAAACUUUAACGAAUGUUGUAAGACGUGGCGAUAAAUAUCAUAAACUUCAAUUGGAGAAGUUAACAACUGAUUUUGUUAUUGUUGUUGAAAAAUAUUCGAAGGCACAGCAAACUAUUGCAACAAAAAGGAAACAACUUUUAGCCUUAUCACAACAAGAUGAACAAAAUUCUGAAAAUAUGAGUGAAUCGGAUAGGCAGCAACUUAUACAGCAGCAAAAAGAAUUAGGAAGAGCUUUAAAAUUCGAACAAGAAAUCCAGUAUGAACGUGAAGAAGAAAUUAAAAAAAUUGAAGGAGUUCUGCUGGACGUAAAUAAAAUAAUGAAGGAUAUAAGUGUAAUUGUGAAUAUGCAAGGGGAACAAAUAAAUACAAUUGAAGUGGAAAUUGAUAAUACUGCAGCAAAUGUUGAAGAAGCCGCAUCUGAGUUGCAAAAAGCUUCUGCUAAUCGUCAAAGCUAUCGACGUAAAAUAUUAAUUUUGUUAAUUAUUGCUGUGAUAAUAGGUUUAAUUGUAACUGCAAUCGUUGUUUCUAAAUUGAAAAGUUAAUUAAUAUUUUUUCCCUUAUUAAUGUAAUUAUUACAUUUCGACCAAAUUUCUAACUUAUAAAAUUAUUACUUUGUCACCUAUUUUUUAAUAUUUUAAUUUUUUUUUUUUGCAUUCAUACAUAUAUAUGGUUUUCAUUCACAUAAAAAGCAAUUUCCAUUAUCACAUUUUUGUUUAGAGAAAAUUGAAUAGGAAACGUACGUAUUACGAAUAUAUUAACAAUUGAUUUAAGGUGGACUACGUAAAAUUGUAUAAAUCAUAAGAAUAAAUGUAUAAUUUAUUGUGAUAGGUACAUAAUUUAUGAAAAAAAGAUUCAGUACUAGAAAACUCAAAAAUUAAAUCCCAAAAAACAAAAGUUUUGUAAGAAGUUUAGAAAAUAGUGUUAAAACAUUAUAAAGAAAUUGACAAUUUAGAGAAAAAAAAAGAGUCGAAAAAAUUUUACUUUUUCUGUAUUAGAAUUUGCUGUUCAUGAUAAAAAAUUUUUGCUUUUAUUAUUAAAAUUGCAUUUUUGUAUAUUGAAAAUUAUAGAAUUGCUUUUAGCAAUUUGUAAUUAACCUGAAAGAUUAGUAAAUAAAGCAAUUUUGCUUAAGUGAGUAAUUGCGAGUAAUUUUUAUUGAAUUUUGCUUUACUGAAUUUUCUUCUGUGGAAUAUUUAAAAUGAUAAUAAUUAAUUCUACAUUUAAAAAAAUUCGUACGCAAUUUAAAGGUUCAUAAUAUUGUUAUAAAAUAUGUCAAUAAACCCAGAAGAGUAUUAUAUAGCAAAGUUUCAUUACAACAGAAUAUUUAUUGCAAACAUAAUUUCCUUAAUUUUUAAUGCUAAAAAAAAAAUACCAAACUAAAUAGAAUCAAUAUCAAUUUUUUGUCAGUUUUUAGUAAUGCAUAUUAUAUUAGAAAUUUAAUCCUAUAUUAGAAAAAAAAAGAUAAUUAUAA